AUGGGUGUGACGGCGGAGGAGGUAAACGGCGCGCAGCGUGACGGAGAGAACGGCGCGGAGGGGACGGAACGGAGAGGACGGUGCCGGCGCACGGUGCGGAGGGGACGGAAUGGAGAGGACGGUGCCGGCGCGGAGGGGACGGUGCCGGCGCACGGUGCGGAGGGGACGGAAUGGAGAGGACGGUGCCGGCGCGGAGGGGACGGUGCCGGCGCACGGUGCGGAGGGGACGGAAUGGAGAGGACGGUGCCGGCGCGGAGGGGACGGUGCCGGCGCGGAGGGGACGGUGCCGGCGCACGGUGCGGAGGGGACGGAAUGGAGAGGACGGUGCCGGCGCGGAGGGGACGGUGCCGGCGCACGGUGCGGAGGGGACGGAAUGGAGAGGACGGUGCCGGCGCGGAGGGGACGGUGCCGGCGCACGGUGCGGAGGGGACGGUGCCGGCGCACGGUGCGGAGGGGACGGAAUGGAGAGGACGGUGCCGGCGCGGAGGGGACGGUGCCGGCGCACGGUGCGGAGGGGACGGAAUGGAGAGGACGGUGCCGGCGCGGAGGGGACGGUGCCGGCGCACGGUGCGGAGGGGACGGAAUGGAGAGGACGGUGCCGGCGCGGAGGGGACGGUGCCGGCGCACGGUGCGGAGGGGACGGAAUGGAGAGGACGGUGCCGGCGCGGAGGGGACGGUGCCGGCGCACGGUGCGGAGGGGACGGAAUGGAGAGGACGGUGCCGGCGCGGAGGGGACGGUGCCGGCACACGGUGCGGAGGGGACGGAAUGGAGAGGACGGUGCCGGCACGGAGGGGACGGUGCCGGCGCACGGUGCGGAGGGGACGGUGCCGGCGCACGGUGCGGAGGGGACGGAAUGGAGAGGACGGUGCCGGCGCGGAGGGGACGGUGCCGGCGCACGGUGCGGAGGGGACGGAAUGGAGAGGACGGUGCCGGCGCGGAGGGACGGUGCCGGCGCACGGUGCGGAGGGGACGGAAUGGAGAGGACGGUGCCGAUGCACGGUGCGGAGGGGACGGAGAGGACGGAACGGAGAGGACGGUACCGGCGCACGGUGCGUAGGGGACGGAAUGGAGAGGACGGUGCCGAUGCACGGUGCGGAGGGGACGGAGAGGACGGAACGGAGAGGACGGUACCGGCGCACGGUGCGUAG